CAUAUGUCACAGACAGCUGGCCGUGAGAGGAAGAAAGUUUGAAAAAUUAAAAUUGCAGCCCAUUUACUUUUCGGAGUUAGAAGUCUUUUCAGAAAUUAAAGCAUAAAUUUUAAAUACUGUAAUUGUUCACAAAUACAUAAUGGCAUCAACAGCGGUUCCUGCAAAAGAACGAACCAUUCCGAAUGGAUUAAAAUUUGUUUUCGGUGGCCUUGCUGGGAUGGGAGCAACUUGUUUUGUUCAACCGCUGGAUUUGAUUAAGACUCGGAUGCAGCUGAGUGGCGGCGGAAAGUCAUCUUUCACUGUGGCGAGUGAAAUUAUAGCCAGGGAGGGUUUUGGUAGUUUGUACACUGGCCUUUCAGCGGGAUUGCUCAGGCAGGCCACUUAUACCACCGCGCGGCUCGGUAUAUACAGCUAUCUCUUCGAGACUUACCAAAGAUCUAACAAUAAUGUGGCUCCAAACUUUGGCAUGAAGAUGGCGUUGGGGGUAUUAGCUGGUGGCACCGCUGCGCUAAUUGGCACUCCUGCUGAGGUAGCGCUUAUUCGAAUGACAGCUGACGGACGACUGCCAGUGGAACAGAGGAGGAAUUAUAAAAACGUCGUUGAUGCAAUUGUCAGGAUAGUGAAGGAGGAAGGAGUGCUAAAACUGUGGCGUGGUGCCACUCCUACAGUGGCACGCGCUAUGGUGGUAAAUGCUGCUCAAUUGGGGACCUAUUCUCAGGCUCGAGAGAUGUUUGUGGCGUACGUGCCUGAUGGCAUUCCUCUCCACUUCUGUGCUUCUAUGUUGUCAGGGUUGGUCACCACCAUAGCCUCUAUGCCAGUAGAUAUCAUCAAGACUAAAAUACAAAACGCAGCGAAAGGUCAAAGUCAAAUGUCAGUGGUGAGUAACCUUCUGAAAACCGAAGGUGUCUUCGCUCUAUGGAAAGGGUUCCUGCCCUACUACGCUCGUCUCGGCCCCCAUACGGUUCUCACAUUUAUUAUAUUAGAACAACUCAACGCUGCAUAUUUAAGAUACACGUAACUCAACUUUGCGACAUAUCCUAUAAUGGUUAAUGCCUGGUCGACCAAAUUAACUGCCUUACGAGAAACCUUUAAUGAUGUUUUGCGAAGCAUUAUUAUUUUGACAAGUUAUUUUUUGUAGUCAUGAUGAUUUUAGUGACAGGCAUUACCGUUGACUUUCCCUUUUUUAGCGGGAAAUUAAAGAUAAA